GUGUCUCAAGCGCGUAUCUGUGUUCAGCACAGAACUGAUAAAACACGUACGAUCGGUGGUAAUCGAGUCAACGUAACUAUUUUUGUGAGAAGAAUCGUUGUCAGCUAUUCUUACUUCACGCUAAGGAUAUCUUGUCUUAUUUACAGACUUUUACUGGCACCGAGUAAAGUACUAUAAAUUUGGCGAGUAAUAUGGUUGGAAUGACCCAAAGACCCUGGACACCAACGAAAAGACGAGGCCCGAUUGCCGCCGAAUAUAGCAGCCCAGGACCGGCCUGUGUAACUUUACCUACGUUAAUAGGAAAAACAGUUACAGAUUCUAAACGAGGAAGAGCACCAGCAUUCUCCUUCGGCAGCAGGCAUGCAGCGAAAAAUAAUAGCUCUGGACCUGGCCCUGGGCAAUAUAAUGUCACUGGGCUUAGCGCAAAAGGAAAAGAUGCUGCGCCAGCCGUGUCGCUAUACGGUCGAACGAAAUCAACGAAACUCGAAAUUACACCAGCACCGGGUGAUUACAAUCCGUUAAAGGCGGAGAAGAUAAUUCUGGAUAGCUCACCGAAAUAUUCUUUUGGCGUUAAAACGCAAAUUGAGAAGAUCAGCUGUACACCCGCUCCAGGUACUUAUCAUCCCGAAAAAAUGAGAAUGGAUAAAGCACCGCAAUUCACGUUCGGACUUAGAAUGUCGCUCGAUAAGCCGAGCGACACGCCAGCGCCCGGAACAUACAGCCCAGAGAAGGUGAAUUUAGAGAAGGGUCCGCAGUACAGUUUAACCGGCAAAAGCCAAAUAGAGAAAUGCAAUGGUACACCAGCGCCAGGUGCGUAUUGUCCCGAGAAAGUAAAAUUGGACUCAUCACCGAAGUUCAGUUUUGGAUUAAAGCCUGCUGUGGAGAAACCGAACGAUACACCAGCACCAGGUACUUAUAGCCCAGAAAAAGUGAAUUUAGACAAAGGUCCGCAGUACAGUUUGAGUGGUAAAGGAUCCGCUGAAAAACUCUUAGAUACACCAGCGCCUGGAACGUAUUCUCCGGAAAAAGUAAGAUUAGAUAAUACACCGCAAUAUAGUUUCGGAAUUAGACAUGCCCUGGAUAAACCCAGUGAUACACCAGCACCUGGAACUUACAGUCCAGAGAAAGUAAACUUAGAUAAAGGACCACAAUAUAGUUUAACUGGCAAAGGGCCUGCAGAGAAAUUUAUUGAUACACCAGCGCCGAGUGCGUAUUCGCCCGAGAAGAUAAAAUUGGAUACUACACCGAAAUACAGUUUUGGACUUAGAACUCCUCUAGAUAAACUCAGCGAUACACCAGCGCCUGGAACUUAUAGCCCAGAGAAGGUAAAUUUGGAUAAAGGACCGCAAUACAGUUUAACUGGCAAAGGAUCCGUUUCGAAAGCUAAUGAUAUUCCUGCACCCGGCACAUAUAGCCCUGAAAAAGUAAAUUUGGACAAAGGACCGCAGUACAGUUUAGCCGGAAAAGGAAUGCCCGAAAAAUUAAAUGACAAUCCAGGCCCCGCUGAUUAUAAACCAGAGAAAGCUCUGAAUCUGGAACAUAAACCUUAUUACAGUUUUGGUGAUAGAAAAACUUUGGAUAAACCUAAAGAUACACCAGGUCCAGCCGAUUAUACUCCAGAGAAAGUUCUAAGUCUGGAACAUAAACCAUAUUUCAGUUUUGGUAAUAGAAAACCCCUUCAUAAAUCCCGCGAUACACCAGGCCCUGAUAAAUACAAUCCAGAAAAAGUUCAACAUUUGGAACAUAAACCUUAUUUUAGUUUCGGUAAUAGAAAGCCUUUGUAUAAGACUAAUGAUACACCAGCUCCCGGUACAUACAGUCCUGAAAAAAUAAACAUGUCUAAGUCGCCGCAAUAUAGUUUUGGCAUUAAAACUGAGAUUUGUGAGAAAAACACUAUACCAGGUCCAGGCGAAUACAAUCCAGAAAAAACAAUGCUUUUGUUGGAAAAAGCGUUGCAAUUUACUUUCGGCCUUAGACCGCCCUUGGACAGAUCAAACGAUGUUCCAGCACCCAAUAUCUAUAACAUUCCUUCUGCCCUCGGCGGAACUAAAGAGGGUAAUAAGAAAGCAGCACCUGCCUAUUCAAUAUCCGGUAGGCAAAAAGUCUUUACGGACGAUCGUGUUCUCGUACCUGGACCGGGUGCAUACGAGUGCAUUAAACCAGACACAAUCAGAGUAAAAAGUCCAGCAUAUAGCAUGAGUGCGCGUUUUUCCCUGCCCGACGAUCACUCGCAGAUUCCAGGACCUGGAGCACACUGCCCGGAAAAGGUGCUUCUCGACAUUCCCCCUGCGCAUACAUUUGGCAUCAGGCAUUCACCCUAUAUUUGUAAUUUGAAGGACGCAGUUUGUUAAUUUAGCAAUUAGUAAUAAUUAGUAAUUUAUCAACUCGAGCAUAGCCUUUUCCAUUAUUUGACAUAAUCAAUUAACAAAUGUUAAGAACAAUCAAGUUUUAUAUUUUUUUCUUUUUAUUUCUUUGCUGUAUUAAUUAUUACUAAUUCCGCAGAAAA